AGCCUUAUAGGUCAAUUUUACUGGGUCUACUUUGAACGAAAAUUCAUGCUUUAUAAAAUCCUCUCUGGAAUUGCUUUGGCAGUAUUCACUGCUUUUAUCAUAGAAAUGGUUUUGUACCUGGACUACCACAAAACCCUGUGGAACCAUAGACCAGGGAAAUGUCACAUUGUGGAAGGAAUAGACCAUGGUUCUGAGGACAUGCAGACCACCAAAUCAGGCUUGACUUUUAUCACCUCUGGGGUAAAUGGAGUUUUAUCAGGUCGAGUUUAUCAGGAAUAUUACAAGAAGCAUAAUGUUAGAGGGCGGAUCAUGUUAUUUAACAUGGAGAAACCAGAGGAGGGGGUCAAAGAACUGAGGAUUACUGGAAACAGGUUCAGUUAUGACGACUUCUAUCCCCACGGAAUCAGUGUGUUAGAGGACGAAGAUAAAGUGUUGUUGUUUGUUGUGGUCCAUCGGAAUGAACAUGAUACUGUGGAGAAGUUUGAAUUCCUGGAGAAAACCUUAGAACUGAAGCACCUGGAAACUUACACUGGAACCUUAGUUCACACACUCAAUGACGUAGUGGCUACAGGACCUGACACGUUUUACACUACAGACUAUUUGUAUUAUCGUGAUUCUAGACAUAUCUUAGAGAUCCUUUUUGAGCUUCACUUUGGACAUGUCUUGUAUUUCAAUGGCUCAAACUUUAUCAUUGCUUCAGAACCAACAUAUACAGCCAAUGGAAUUGCUCUCUCCAAAAAUGGGAGACUUGUGUAUGUCGCUAGUGGAAGUAAGAAAAUUAUGGUAUACAAAAGAGAGCUGAAUGACAAACUAACUAAAGUCAAUGACAUACCACUACAUACCGCCCCCGACAACUUAAUGGUGGAUCCCAAGAGUGGGGAUGUCUUGCUGGGCUGCCACCCAAUACUAUAUAAAACUAUGAAGCAUCUUGAUAACCCAGAGGAACCAGCAAGUUCGCAGGUGCUGAUGUUACACAUGGAUAGUAGUGGUACUAAUACGACAGGUGUUACGGAGCUCUUCUCAGAUGACCUUGAACUUUAUUCUUCGAGCGUGGCUACUUUGUACAAAAAUCGUAUGUUAAUUGGUACAGUGUGUCACAAAAUGAUGUACUGUGAAAUUAAUUCAUUAUAAAGCAUGUGUUUAUGUCAAAUUCUCCCCUAGUAUUGAACAAUCUGUGUGCUUUACGAAAUACAUCUACCUUAAAUCUGGAAAUUUUUACGUCGAUUUUAUUUUGCGAAUUCGGGUCAAAAUGCUGUUGAUUAAUAUUUACGUUUCAAAACUUUGCGAAUGACCACUGCUUUCUUUACAGUU